CAGAAGAUACUUAGAGGGACUUGGCUCUCCUCUUAGUGGGCUCUACUUCUCUGCCAAACCUCUGUCUUUCUGCUCACCCUUUCUCUUCCCUUUCAGAGGAAACAUGAGUGUACAGAGGGGUUCUUCGGGUAGUAGUAUGAGAAUGAUCUACAGGUCCAGUGGAAGCACGUAUGGUGGUAGUGGUGGUGGUGGUGGAGGUGGUGGAGGUGGUGGUAUAAACAGAAUGUUUACCUCUCAAUCUUUAAUCGGGCCACCCAGAAGUAGGGUAAGCAUUGCCACUAGUGGCAUGGGAGGAGGUGCGCAAUUUGGCGGUAGUGGCAGUAGCUAUAGCUAUAGUUCAUACCGUGGAAGUGGAGGUGGAGGUAUCGGUGGUCUCGGUCUUGGUUACGGCUUUGGUGGAGGUGGAGGUUUCGGUGGAGGUGGAGGUGGAGGUUUCGGUGGAGGUUUCGGUGGAGGUGGAGGUGGUGGGGUACUUACCAUACCCACCAUCCAGCAAGUAACUUGCAACCAGAGCCUACUGAACCCCGUGGAUGUUACAAUUGACCCCACCAUCCAGACUGUCCGUACCCAAGAGAAAGAACAGAUCAAGACUCUAAACAACCGCUUCGCCUCCUUCAUUGACAAGGUGCGCUUCCUGGAGCAGCAGAACAAAAUGCUGGAGACCAAGUGGAGCCUGCUGCAGGAUCAGACCACCAGCCGCUCCAACAUCGACGGCAUGUUUGAGGCCUACAUCGCCAACCUGCGCAGACAGCUGGAUGGGCUCGGCAAUGAGAAGGUCAAGCUGGAGGGAGAGCUGAGGAACAUGCAGGGACUUGUGGAGGAUUUCAAGAACAAGUAUGAAGAUGAAAUCAACAAGCGUGCUGGUGUGGAGAAUGAGUUUGUGCUCUUGAAGAAGGAUGUAGACGGCGCCUACAUGAACAAGAUUGAGCUGGAGGCCAAGGUUGAUUCCCUCCAGGAUGAGAUUAACUUCCUCAGAGCUGUCUAUGAGGCGGAACUGAAUGAGCUCCAGGGACAGAUCAAGGACACCUCAGUCAUUGUGUCGAUGAACAACAGCCGCAACCUGGACAUGGACUCCAUUGUGGCCGAAGUUAAGGCUCAGUAUGAGCAAAUCGCAGAGCGCAACCGUGCUGAAGCUGAAGGAUGGUACCAGGAGAAGUUCCAGCAGAUGCAGACUAGUGCAGGCCAGGCUGGAGAUGAAGUUCGCAACACCAAGGCUGAGAUUGCUGAGCUCAACCGUAUGAUUACCCGCCUCCAGAAUGAGAUUGAGGCAGUCAAGGCACAGCGCGCCAACCUGGAGGCCCAGAUCGCUGAGGCUGAGGAGCGCGGCGAGCUAGCUGUGAAGGACGCCAAGGCCCGCAUUAAGGACCUGGAGGAAGCCUUGCAGAGAGCCAAACAGGACAUGGCCCGCCAGGUCCGCGAGUACCAGGAGCUCAUGAACGUCAAACUGGCUCUGGACAUUGAGAUUGCCACCUACAAGAAGCUUCUGGAAGGAGAGGAGUGCAGAAUUGCCAGUGGCGGUGGACCUACAACCGUCCACGUACAGACCUCAAGCUCCAGUGGUGGCUACGGCGGUGGCUACGGCGGUGGCUUCGGCGGCGGCUAUGGCAGCGGCAUUGGCGGCGGCGGCGGCGGCGGCAUUGGCGGCAGCAUUGGCAGCGGCAUCAGCAUCGGCGCCGGUGGCGGCAGCAUCGGUGGCCGCAGCAUCAACAUCGGUGGCGGCAGCAUCAGUGGCGUCAGACAGAGCAGCAGCACUACCUAUUCCUCCUACCGCUAAUGAUAAACAGCAGUUGCCCUCUCCAUCCUUCUUCUUCUCUCAUUUUGUUCUCCACCUCUUAUCCCUCAACUCUUCCCAACAACAACUAAAAGCUUCCAUAAAACCUUUCACUUCUCUCCCUGGAGACAGAGCAGCCUCAGAAUAUUUGCAUUUGACAAUUUACAGCUGAUUUACAGCUGAUCCAUGCAAUGGAACAGCUCUAUUUGGCAUUUAGUUACUGUGUUGCUGCAACCACUUUGGCGACACAUACCUGCAAAGAGUGAGAGAUUACAUCAUCAUCAUACAAGCAGAGGCAGAGAAAUUAUUAGACCAGAAACGAAGAGCAGCAGAGAUAUGAGUCAGUCCUCUCUUUAUUUGAUCAGUCAGCCCGGCUGUCUUUUGGUUGCUGGAUCUGCUGUCAUGCAGACGAGAGCAUACUUGUAGUGUCAUGGCAGAGAAACCUCGCAAGGCAACAAUCAUUGCACACAAAAUGCAAACAGCAGUUCUUAGAUUUGCACAGAAGGAGGUCUGAAAGCUGUGGUUGUUCUUGACUUCAUAAAGCAAACACGGCAAAACUCUUCGUUUCUGCAAUGUCUCCGCUGUUGUCUCACAGCUGUCAUUUUGCUGUGCUUUUUGACACCAUCAAAAGCAGCCACAUAUAACACUUUCAUAUUGAUCUUUGGAAUCUUCUUUUUCUUCUGCUCUGAGAGAAAGUGCUCUCUCCACUACAGCAUAAACAGUAAAUGGUGUUUUGAUCCUGCUUUACUUCCAUUUCCACUCUGAAUAAAAAAGAAACAUGGAUAAGGCUGACUGGAGCAACCAGAUUUAUUGUGAAUUUAUACCACCAAAACAUCUGGAAUAAAUCUGAUUUCAUAUUCAA